GGGUCGGUGAUUGAUCGUUACCUCCCGUUUACCCCUCUUCCUUCCUUCCUCUUGCCUCCUCAUCCUCAUCCGUCGCAGCUCUCUUGUGCGCAGAUUGCUGCCUUUUUUGUGCUGGACCAUGCCACGUGGCAAUCAGCCAAUCAAGCAAUUGAGUAGUCAAUCAAUCUUAGCCCAGAGCACUAGCUAGAGGUCGUUGCUUCUUGGCAAGUUGUGCUUGGCGCGCCUGUGGCAAAGAGGGGGGGGAUAGAGCAGGAAAGGGAGAGAGAGAGCAGAGAAGGGGGGGGGAGAGAGAGCAGAGAAGGGGAGAGAAAGAGCAGAGAAGGGGAGAGAGAGAGCGAGGGAGCGGAAAGGAGGGAGUAGCGCAGCAACAACCAUGCCGGUGACUAUCAUUUCCCUGGGGCAGCCGCCGAGCGCUUCCACUCCGGACCCGGCGGCUACUUCUCCCCCGUCGAAGAUCGAGACCUUGCGGCGAUGGUGGAACUCGCACUGGGCGGACGAGGAGGCAACAGCGCAGACGUGGGCGGGCAAGAUGUGUCGCGACCGUGGGCCUGAUGAUCUUCGAUCUCCGCGUGUGCGCCUCGGUCGAGCUUCGGCUAUGGACGUCGACGCUCUGCUGCAAAAGUUGGUCCGCAAGAAGAAGGCUGGUGAUGGUGAUGAUGAUGAUGAUAAAGAUGAAGAUGAUUUCAUCUGUCAAGAUCGGGAUCGGGAUCAGCCUCCUUUUGCCGCUGCCGUAAUCGGCUCGCGAAAACGGAAGUCUGGCGGUAUGGCCGCCGCCGGCACUCCUGAUCGGGAUGCGGAUCAGCGUCCUGAUGACGAGGAUGAUGAUGAUAUCAGUUGUGGCCAAAUGAAGCGGUUCUGUGCGGAAGAGGGCGGGUCUCCACCUCCACCCCCUGCGACCGGUCGUUGCGGCAUCUCCACAGGGCAGAGGGCAAGGGGUGCCAAAUUUCCAAAAAAAUGUAGAAUGGAGUCCUUAAGUGUGAGUGAGAGUGAGGUGCGAGGGGCAAAUUUCGAAAAUGCAGAGAGCUUUUCGUCCGGCGGCGCGAAUUUCGAAAAAGUAGGAAGCUCUUCGUCAGCGGGGGGGGCAAAUUGGAAAUCAGCAAGUCAUUCCUCGGGGGCAAAUUGGAAAAAAGCAGAGAGUUGUUCGUCAGCGGAAGACGUCAACAACAAUUCGAAUAAUGGCUAUGGGAAAAAAACAGCACCCAUGACAACGACUGUGUCAGUCCCGGACGGCGACUUGCGAGCGCCGCCGCGGAGGCUUUCGGAUGAGGAGGGCGGGGGAGAGGGAGAAUUGGGAGAAUUGGGAGAUGGUGGUGGUUUAGUCUGUGAGGGAAGGAGGAGGAGAGGGGAGGAGGGGUCGUCGGGAGCGGGGUCGGAUGAUAAUAAUAGCGGGGCCAUGGGAAGUGCGCAGGGAGUUGAGCGCAGAGAGCACAGGGAGGGGGGAGGAGGGGUUGCCGACCAUGACGAUGUGCAGGUAUGGAGGAGGAGAGGGGAGAAGGGAGGUGGUCAAUCUGAUGAUGAUGAUGAUGAUGAGACUGGUGGAGAAGGGAGAGGGAGAGGGGAGGGAUUGCUGGCAAACAGAAGAGGGCAAAUUGGUAAUUCCGGACAGGAGGCGGCGGGGUCGAAGCUCUCGCCGUGUAACAGAGGAGAGAAAGACGGUCACGUGCAUUGGAAGAAAGAAGUGCGAGCAUCCACGACGACGACGACCGGUCCUGGAGUACAAGCGUCCACGAGCGAUCGUGCAACGCAGGCUUCUACGACCGGUCCUGGAAUAGUCCAAGCGUCGACGAGCGAUCCUGCAACGCAAGCGUCUACGACCGGUCCUGACGCGCAAGCAUCUACGACCGGUCCUGGAGUGCAAGCAUCUCCGACCGGUCGUGGAGUCCAAGCGUCUACGACCGGUUGCGGAGUGCAAUCGUCUACGACCGGUCGUGGAGUCCAAGCGUCCACGACCGGUCGUGCAGUGCAAUCAUCUACGACCGGUCGUGGAGUCCAAGCGUUCACGACCGGUCCAGCAAGACAAGUGUCGACGACCGGUCGCGGAGUGCAGGCGUCUACGACCGGUCCUGCAAUACAAGAGUCUACGACCGGUCGCGGAGUGCAGGCGUCCACGACCGGUCCUGCAGUUGCCACAGAUGAAGACGAGAGUGUUGAGGAGCGAAGAAGAAAAAACACCGGUGCAACGGGAUCGGCGAGAGAAGAUGCGAGAGAGGAUCGGCAUCGGCAUCGGGAUCGGGGAGGUGGUGGUGGUGGCGGUCAGGGCUUGCAGGCAGGUCGGCGGAUGAACGAUCACGAUGAAGCUGAAGAUGCAAGGAAGAUCUAUUUGCGACCGAGUAAUGUGAAGCGGGGUCGUUCUGAGUCCGCUGACAGCACCGCCACCACCACCACCACUACUACGACCGGUCGUGAACUGCAGGGGAAUAGAGAUGGGCAUGGGGGUCUGAUUGGAGAUGGGGCUACCCCUCUCCCAAAGGAUGAGAAAAGGCGGAGGGAUUCGAGAGCUCUCGGGUCUGCCAUUAAGAUGGGGGGGGUGCAACAAGAAGAAGCCAAGUUCUCUUUCAGGGGGUUAUUAUCUUCAGACGAUAAGGAUAACGAUAAGGAUAAAGAUGAUGGGAAGACCUUGCAGGUUGGGCGAUCGAUCAUCACAGAAGAAGAGGAUAUGACGAGGAGGAUGGGGGCAAGCACAGGCCCAGUGAGAUUUGUGUUGUCGUCGGGGAGAAAAACUGCAUAUGGAUGCAAUUAUGAUGAAGAAACAGAUGGAGACACAAGAAUGAGCAAGGAGGCGUUGACCAUCGAUGAGGAGUUUGACCUUCAUUUUGCGCAGAUGUUUAUAUAGAGAAUUUCAUUUUGGCGUGUGGUGAAGAGGCUCGUUCGGGCGGCGGCUCUCUUCACUGGUUCUGUUUUCGUUAUCCGCACGUUUGGGGAUGAAGUCGCUGCGAUUUGAAAUCUGAAAGGCCGCAAUGUCGUUUGGCUACAGUGCUUUUCGGCUAUCCGGCUAUUUGGCUAUCUCAGCCUAUCUGGCUAUUUUUGGGCACUUUGAAUCGGAUCACAAAUAGCUAUGGAGAUCUCUAUGACGACGUUGAAGAACGAUAGCAAUGCCCAUGGAGGGAUGCGGCGAUGUGACAGAUGGAAGCAGAGCGUAUGGAGAAAGCGGGGAGGAGGCGGAGGAGGAGGAGGAAGAGGAAGAGGAAUGGCGUAAUAUCUGGACAUUUGGAUAUCUGCCUAUUUUUGGGCACUUCAAAGCGGAUCACAAAUAGCUAUAGAUAGAGAUGGCUAUGACGAGGAUGAAUAACGGCGACAGUGACCAUGCCGGGACGCAGCGACGCUACUGAUGGAAGCAGAACGUAUGGAGAAAGGUCGGUGGAGGAGGAGGAGGAGGAGCAGGAGGAGGAGUUCUUUGUAAUGGGAAAGCAUGGGGAUUGGGAGAGAGAGAGCAGCAGCAGCAGCAGCAGCAGCAGCAGCAGCAGCUUGAAUUGGAGACAUAUUGCAAGUACCUAGCGCACCACGAAGUGGAGGAGGAGGAGGGGUUGAUGCAGUUUUUUGACGGAAAUUGGAAGAUUUGAGUUUUGUUGAUUUGAGUUCCGUUUUUCUGUCCUGGUGCUGGAUUUUUAUUUUUAUUUUCAUUUUUUGCUGCUGAUGGAUUUACAUAUAUGUAGUGUGUUCCUCCUUUUUUUUUUUUUUUUUCCCGGCUAAUUUCCUUUCAAUACAUCAUAUCAUGGAAGGUUCCGAAGGUGAGUUUCCCCGAAGAAAAAAAGAGAAAAUCAUUCAAAAAUGAUCCUUGCAUACGGAUUUGCUAAUUUCCGUCAAGUAAGUUGUUAUCGGCAAAUGAGUGACGGCUCUGAUCUGCUCACACAUGGCGUCAGAUUAUGCAAAAAUUUGGAAUGUCUGACGGUGCACCAACACGGUGUCUGUAGUUAGUGUUCUUGCAUUUGUCAUAUAGUGACGGGUGGUGGUGGUGCUUUUUUUUUUUUUUUUUUUUUUUUGGUUGAUAAAAGGUGUUGUUGCUU